CCUCUUCCUUCCGCGGCCACAGAGAUAUUCUGAAAAUGGUCCGCUACUCUCUUGACCCCGAGAACCCUACGAAGUCCUGUAAGGCACGGGGCUCCAAUCUCCGGGUGCACUUUAAGAACACCCGUGAGACAGCUCAGGCCAUCAAAGGCAUGCACAUCCGCAAGGCCAACAAGUACCUGAGGGAUGUCGUUGUCAAGCACCAGUGUGUCCCCUUCCGUCGCUACAACGGAGGUGUUGGACGCUGUGCACAGGCCAAACAGUUCGGCUGGACUCAGGGUCGCUGGCCCAAGAAGAGCGCCGAGUUCCUGCUGCACAUGCUGAAGAACGCUGAGAGCAACGCUGAGCUCAAGGGUCUGGACGUGGACUCUCUGGUCAUUGAGCACAUCCAGGUCAACAAGGCGCCAAAGAUGAGGCGACGCACGUACCGCGCCCACGGUCGCAUCAACCCCUACAUGAGCUCGCCAUGCCACAUCGAGAUGAUCCUGACGGAGAAGGAGCAGAUCGUCCCCAAACCAGAGGAGGAGGUCGCCCAGAAGAAAAAGGUUUCACAGAAGAAGCUGAAGAAGCAGAAGCUGAUGGCGCGGGAGUAAAAAUUGAAAUAAAAGGAAACAUUACUCA